AUGUCAGCUCCGACAAUGACCAACGCUGCCGCCUUUCUCACGGCCGCCAAAUCCAACCCCUUUGAAGUGAGAGCCAGCCCGACUUGGACGGCGGGUGAGGGUGAAGUUCUUGUCAAGAACCAUGUCGUGGCCAUCAACCCGGUGGAUGGAAACUUGCAAUAUACCGCCUUCUUUCCGCUCAAGUAUCCCGCCAUCCUGGGCCAAGACGUCGCCGGUGAAGUCGUUGCCGUCGGUCCCCACGUCACUCGCUUCCGGACAGGCGAUCGAGUCGUCGGUCACGCCGUCGGCAUGGCCACCGGUCGGCACGAGGACGCGGCAUUCCAGAAUUACACCAUCCUGCAGACCAACAUGUGCAGUCCUAUCCCGGCCAGCAUGCCCUAUGAGGUGGCCGCCGUGCUUCCGCUGGGUCUGUCCACGGCCGCCUCCGGCUUGUUCCGGCAGGACUUUCUCAACCUCCAGCUGCCUUCGGUGCCGGCAAAAGAGCAGGCGGGAAAGACGAUUCUGGUCUGGGGCGGAGCAUCCAGCGUGGGCAGCAAUGCCAUCCAACUUUGCGUCGCCGCCGGGUACGAGGUCAUCACCACGGCCUCCGCUCGAAACUUUGACUACGUCAGAAAGCUUGGUGCCGCCCAAGUGUUUGACUAUGCAAGCCCAACGGUCCACGAGGACUUGCUCAACGCCUUCAAGCACAAGACCUUGGCCGGUGUGUUGGAUUCCAUCGGACCGCCUGCCUGGGCCAUCUGCCUCGAUGUCGCACUGAAAACGCCUGGAAACAAGUUUGUCGCCACGACGAAGCGAGGGUUCCCCGACCCUCCAGAGGGCGUCCGCAUCCAGGCCGUGUUCGGCACCGUCAUCAAGGAUGACCAUGUUUCCCACGCCGUAUACGGGGACUUCUUGCCAAGGGCGUUGGACACGGGCUCGUAUGUCCCUUCGCCCGAGCCGUUGGUCGCGGGACACGGGCUCGAGAGCCUGCAGGCCGCUGUUGAUCUCCAUCGACAGGGGGUCUCGGCGAGAAAGAUUGUCGUGCGCCUGUAG